AGAGCAAAAGAACUUUAGAGUGAUAUAAACGAUGACGGAAAUGACUAUACUAGAAAUAUUUUCUCAUAAAAAGAAAUGGAAGAAACAUCCAAAACAUUGAUGAAUAAAUUGCUAAACAGAAGCAGAAAAACAGACAGAAAGUAUACACAAAUAAACAAACGCAGAAAAGAAGGGUUGAGGGGGACCCCACGAAGAAGUGAAGUUGCAGAAGAGGUAUAAGAGAGAGAUAAGAUAGCCAUAAAUGCAAAGCUCAACUAACUUAAUAGUUCACAUAUUUAGGUGUGCGAAUGUAAACUCUACCCAUAUAUAUGUAUACUUGUCGGCACACAAAUUUAAGGCUCCAACCAGAAUGCAGUAAUCUAUACUUUUUUGUUGACUAACUCAUCUUCAUAGUUGAAACAACAUCAUAGAAUGUGGGGUUCGGCGGAGAACCUAUCGGUGCGCUCGGCGUCGUUUAGGGAGGAUGGUGACGACGAGGAAGCGUUACGGUGGGCGGCUCUGGAGCGACUGCCUACAUACAACCGUGUACGGAGAGGGAUCUUCAGGAAUAUUGUUGGGGAGUCAUGGGAAGUGGAUGUCGAUAAGCUCCAAAAUGAUGAACGCAAAGUCGUCUUGGAUCGCCUCGUCAAGUCGGUUGAUGAUGAUUGGGAAAAGUUCUUCAAUCGCAUGAGGCUCCGUUUUGAGAGAGUUGAUUUGGACUUCCCAAAAGUAGAAGUCAGAUUUCAGCAUCUGACAGUUGAAGCUUAUGUGCAUCUUGGCAGUCGAGCACUGCCAACCAUUUCAAAUUUUAUUUUCAACAUGACCGAGGCUUUCUUAAGGCAGCUCAAAAUAUACUCUGGCAAGAGAACAAAACUGACAAUUUUAGAUGACAUUAGUGGGAUAAUCCGACCUUCCAGAUUAACGCUCUUAUUGGGUCCUCCAAGCUCUGGCAAAACCACAUUGUUAUUAGCACUAGCUGGACGCCUCAAAUCUGACUUGCAGACGUCAGGGAAUAUUACUUACAAUGGACAUGGUCUGAAAGAGUUUGUUCCCCAAAGGACAUCCGCUUAUGUCAGUCAACAAGAUUGGCAUAUAGCAGAGAUGACUGUGAGGGAAACUAUGGACUUCUCGGCAUGUUGUCAGGGUGUUGGAUCAAAAUAUGAUAUGCUAUUGGAACUUUCAAGAAGAGAAAAGAUGGCAGGAAUAAAACCUGAUGAAGAUCUUGACCUAUUCAUGAAGGCAUUAGCUUUGGAGGGGAACGAGACUGCACUUGUUGUUGAGUACAUUCUAAAGAUUCUAGGGUUAGACAAUUGUGCGGACACCUUGGUGGGAGAUGAAAUGCUUAAGGGGAUCUCUGGAGGCCAGAAAAAACGGCUCACUACAGGUGAGUUAUUGGUGGGUCCAUCAAGAGUGCUCUUCAUGGAUGAAAUCUCAACAGGGCUUGAUAGUUCAACGACAUACCAAAUUAUCAAAUACCUUCGAUAUUCAACGCAUGCACUCGAUGGAACUACUGUUAUUUCUCUUCUUCAGCCUGCUCCAGAGACGUAUGAGUUAUUUGAUGAUAUUAUACUUUUGUCUGAAGGCCAGAUUGUAUAUCAGGGGCCUCGUGAUGAUGCUCUUGAUUUUUUUGAUUUUAUGGGAUUUCAUUGUCCAGAGAGGAAGAAUGUUGCCGACUUCUUUCAAGAAGUUGUUUCCAAAAAGGACCAAGAACAGUACUGGGCUGUUUCUCAUCGCCCUUACCGGUACAUACCAGUGACAAAGUUUGCUGAAGCUUUUCGGUCAUACCGCACUGGGAAGAAUUUAUCGGAAGAGCUAAACAUUCCUUUUGAUAGGCGCUAUAAUCAUCCUGCAGCCCUGUCCACUUCUAAAUAUGGAGCGAAGAGAAUGGAACUUCUUAAGACCAGCUUUGACUGGCAGCUGCUGCUCAUGAAAAGGAAUUCAUUUAUCUACGUUUUCAAAUUUAUUCAGCUCCUCCUGGUUGCUUUGAUCACCAUGAGUGUUUUUUUCCGCACAACUCUGCAUCACAAUACAAUUGAUGAUGGAGGCCUAUAUCUUGGGGAACUGUAUUUUUCCAUGGUUAUUAUUCUUUUCAAUGGUUUCACAGAGGUUUCAAUGCUUAUUGUCAAGCUUCCGGUCCUUUACAAGCAUAGAGACUUACAUUUCUACCCAUGCUGGGUCUAUACGCUUCCUUCAUGGGUAUUGAGCAUUCCAACUUCCCUAAUAGAAUCUGGUUUCUGGGUAGCAGUGACAUAUUAUGUUGUUGGGUUUGAUCCAAGUGUCGCAAGAUUCCUUAGGCAAUUCUUGCUUUUCUUCUUUCUGCAUCAAAUGUCUCUUGCUCUUUUUCGCCUAAUGGGAGCUUUGGGGCGAAAUAUGAUUAUUGCAAACACUUUUGGGUCUUUUGCCAUGUUGAUUGUCAUGGCUCUUGGGGGAUAUAUUAUUUCAAGAGAUAGAAUACCAAGUUGGUGGAUCUGGGGUUUCUGGAUUUCUCCCCUGAUGUAUGCUCAAGAUGCAGCUUCAGUGAAUGAAUUUCUUGGGCACGUAUGGGACAAGAGAGCAAGCCAGAAUUCUGAUUUGCGACUAGGUGAAGCAUUACUGAAGUCACGCAGUUUAUUCACCCAGAGCUAUUGGUACUGGAUUGGUGUCGGUGCUUUGCUUGGAUACACGAUUCUAUUCAACAUGUUAUUUACAUUCUUCCUGGCCUACCUGGACCCUCUUGUAAAGCAUCAAGCUGUGGUUUCUAAGGAAGAGCUUCAAGACAGAGGCACGACUAAGAAAGAAGAACCAUCUGUCAUUCAGCUAAGAGAAUAUUUGAAGCAUUCUGGCUCGCUGACUAGACAAAGUUACAAGAACAGAGGCCUCGUUCUACCUUUUCAGCCACUUUCAAUGACCUUCAAGGAUAUCAAUUACUAUGUUGACAUGCCUCUGGUACAUACCUCAACCUCUUCUUCCCAAACUUUUCUGUGCAUCAUUCUAUUUCUGAAAACACAAAUAAUGUUACUUCAGGAACUGAAGCAACAAGGCAUGGCAGAAGACCGAUUGCAGUUAUUGGUUAACAUCACUGGAGCAUUUAGGCCUGGGGUGCUCACUGCACUGGUGGGAGUUAGUGGUGCUGGAAAAACAACCCUCAUGGAUGUAUUAGCUGGUAGAAAAACUGGUGGUAUUAUAGAAGGGAACAUCCACAUAUCUGGUUACCCAAAAAAGCAAGAAACCUUUGCUAGAAUAUCUGGUUACUGUGAGCAGAAUGAUAUCCACUCCCCUUGCUUGACCGUUAUUGAAUCAUUGUUGUUCUCUGCUUGGCUACGUUUGCCAUCAGAGGUUGAUAUAGAGACACAAAAGGCAUUUGUUGAGGAGGUAAUGGAGCUUGUGGAGUUGAGUUCACUAAGAGGAGCUUUGGUUGGUUUGCCUGGAGUUGAUGGACUGUCCACAGAGCAAAGGAAACGGCUAACAAUUGCUAUUGAACUAGUAGCCAACCCUUCUGUAGUGUUCAUGGAUGAGCCUACAUCCGGAUUGGACGCAAGAGCUGCAGCCAUUGUAAUGAGGACCGUAAGAAACAUUGUGAACACUGGCCGAACAAUUGUUUGCACUAUCCAUCAGCCCAGCAUUGACAUUUUCGAAUCAUUUGAUGAGCUUUUGUUUAUGAAGCGCGGAGGAGAGCUCAUUUAUGCAGGACCUCUUGGUCCUAAAUCGUGCAAGUUAAUUGAGUAUUUUGAGGGAAUCGAAGGGGUGCCAAAAAUAAGAGCUGGAUAUAACCCUGCCACAUGGAUGUUGGAGGUUACGUCAUCAGUAGAAGAAAAUCGACUUGGUGUUGAUUUUGCAGAAAUCUACCGAAGAUCAAAUCUUUUUCAAUAUAAUCAAGUCUUGGUUGAAAGGCUAAGCAGGCCAACUGGGGAUUCAAAAGAUUUGAAUUUCCCUGCUAAGUACUGUCAGUCCUAUUUCACUCAGUUCCUAGCUUGCCUGUGGAAGCAAAAUCUCUCCUAUUGGCGCAACCCACAAUAUACUGCUGUUCGCUUCUUCUAUACACUCAUCAUAUCAUUGAUGCUGGGGACAAUUUGCUGGAGAUUCGGUUCAAAAAGGGACUCACAGCAGGAUUUAUUCAAUGCUAUGGGAUCCAUGUAUGCUGCAGUGUUGUUUAUUGGAAUUACAAAUGGCACUGCUGUCCAGCCAGUUGUUUCUGUUGAAAGAUCUGUUUCAUACAGAGAGAGAGCUGCAGGGAUGUACUCAGCUUUACCAUUUGCAUUCGCUCAGGUUGCUAUUGAGUUUCCUUAUGUGUUCGCACAGGCAAUAAUAUACAGCAGCAUAUUCUAUUCAAUGGCAGCCUUUGAAUGGACUACUUCGAAAUUUUUAUGGUACAUAUUGUUUAUGUACUUCACUAUGUUGUACUUCACCUUCUAUGGAAUGAUGACAACUGCAGUCACGCCCAACCACAAUGUGGCUGCCAUUAUUGCUGCUCCUUUUUACAUGCUUUGGAACCUUUUUAGUGGUUUCAUGAUACCUUAUAAGAGGAUCCCAAUAUGGUGGAGAUGGUACUACUGGGCAAAUCCUGUAGCUUGGACUCUAUAUGGCCUUGUCGCAUCCCAGUAUGCUGACGAUGAUAGACUUGUGAAACUAUCGGAUGGCACUCAGUCAGUUCCAAUAAAGCUUUUAGUCAAGACUGUGUUUGGGUAUAGGCAUGAUUUCAUUGGGAUCGCUGGUUUUUUGGUAGUCAGCUUUAGCGUGCUGUUUGCGGUGAUUUUUGCUUAUGCAAUAAAAUCUUUAAACUUCCAGAAGAGGUAACUCUCACUGCUGCAACUUCACUGCGUUUCUUGGAGGUUCAUGAUCCUGAUAGCUGCUUCAUGAGGCCGUUGAGCCACUUUAAGUGCAUGUAGACAUUUAAAAUUAUACAUGUGAAAUGAAGAUGACAUUAGGCAAUUUGUAAUUCUUUAAUGCAUGAGGUGAUUUGGCUAAUAAUGAUCGUGGAUUAUUAUUUUUGAUCUUUGAGUGAAAUUUUGUAAAGAUACAUACGGUAGGCAAGACAGAUAUGUAAUUAACUGUAUCGUGAGUAAAUAGUUUGAGUUUCUCCUCC